AUGGACGGAUUGUUCACCCUGCUCAGUCUGAGCAUUGUGAUGGCCGUGGCUUCUUUCCUCGCAGGCAUUCUGCCACUGUCGUUGACACUUUCACAGCCACAAUUACGGUUCAUAUCAACAAUAGGGAUGGGUGUCCUAGUGGGUACGUCCCUGGUUGUCAUUAUCCCUGAAGGGGUGGAGACUCUCUACAGCGCCUCUGAAGUCGGACAUGCGCAUUCACGGCUCAAAAGACAUGUAUCUGCGCGCGAGAUAGACAUCCAGUGGGGUCAUUCCUUCGUCGCUGAACCGGUUUACGAGAUCGGAGCACGAGAACCUGCCGAUUUGAGCCCCUUUGAUGUUCCCGGGCCCGUCAUACCAUCCGAUCUGGAAGCGCCACCACGGACUCCUACCAAGCCUGGUGUGGUUGGUGUAAUGGAUGUUGAAGGCAAGGGUGAUACGCAGGCGGAGACAGAGCAUGGCAGUCAAGAGGAGGAUGAAGAAGAGGUCCACAAAGAAUCACACCAUGCGUGGAUUGGAGUGGCCUUGUUGGCCGGCUUCAUGCUCAUGUACUUGAUCGACAAGGUGCCGCAAUAUAGUCAGCCAGCAAAACAAAAGGCGAGGACGCAUCAUAUUGCAUUGAACAACUUGGGCCGCAGAUUCAACUUCACUACAUCUUUGGAUCGCGAUGAUGAAGCAGACUCCUUCAUCGACUCGACCGAAGGCCGACACGUUCACCAACGGAGCUUCGCAACCACCAUAGGUCUGGUUAUUCAUGCGGCUGCUGAUGGGAUAGCACUGGGGGCUUCUUCGACUGCGACAACGUCUGGACUGAGCUUUGUUAUAUUCUUUGCAAUCAUGAUCCACAAAGCACCAGCGGCAUUUGGGCUGACAUCUGUGCUUGUCAAGCAAGGGCUCUCCAAGAGAGCAGCUAGAGGGCAUUUGAUCCUCUUUAGUCUGGCUGCGCCUACGGGAGCUAUUUUUACGUGGUUGCUUGCUCACCUUCUUGGCGGUGGUCGGAAUCAAAGUGCGCAGACUACCAGGUGGUGGACGGGAAUGCUGUUGCUGUUCUCGGCAGGGACUUUCCUCUACGUGGCUAUGCACGCGAUGCAAGAGAGCUCUGGUUCGCCCCACGAAGGGAUGAAUGGCCACGCCAAUGGCUACGUUGACGGGCGCGAAAGCACGCAAAGUGAGCCCAAGCCGUCUUGGAAGGAUCUAGGAGCCGCUUGCUUCGGAAUGAUUUUGCCAUUGUUUUUACAGGUUGGGCAUGCUCAUUGA